UCUUCCAGCGGCUAUUCCUUGUCUGAGAGGAGCUGGGAGGCUCCCCCCCUCCCCCAUCCUCUUAACUGUUGAAAAGUUGCUGGGCGAAUGUGAACGAGCUCUUUCUUUUUGGAGAGAAAUUGGCCACUGGACAGAGCAGCGCAAGUCCGAGGCGUUAACAGGGACAGAAAUCUCAGGAACCAGGCGAGUAGUAGCUGCGGUGCCUGCUACUGGUGAGGAUUUGAGGAGUAACAUUGAUCCUGGAAUUAGUGGUAACAAUUGUGGGAAGGUGACCCAUGUGCUGUGCCCCAGCUGUGAUCUCUGACACACGCAUCACGUCCGCCCCCCGAAGCGGCCCGUGUCCGCCAUGGAGCUGCAGAAGAUGGAGGAGCAGGAGGGGCUGGAGAUGUUAAACGGGUCUGUCCUGGAGUGUGACAAAGCCAGCGGCCUGGAGGAUGGGGACCCCGCGGCGGAGGUGACGGCGGCCGAGCAGGUGGGUUUCCUGCCCCACGCCGCCGGCAAGAAGCUGAACCAGUUCACCGACUUCGAGGGGAAGACGUCGUUUGGGAUGUCGGUCUUUAACCUCAGCAACGCCAUCAUGGGCAGCGGCAUCCUCGGCCUGGCCUACGCCAUGAGCAACACGGGCAUUGUGCUCUUCAUCGUGCUGCUGAUCUGCAUCGCCAUGCUCUCCGCUUACUCCAUCCACCUGCUGCUGAAAUGUGCCGGCGUUGUAGGGAUCCGCGCCUACGAACAGCUGGGUUACCGUGCGUUCGGCCCGGGCGGCAAGGUGGUGGCGGCGGUGGUCAUCUGUGUGCACAACACGGGAGCCAUGUCCAGUUACCUGUACAUUGUGAAAUACGAGUUGCCUCUAGUGAUCCAGACGUUCCUGGGCCUGUCGGAGAACACGGAGAACUGGUACAUGAACGGCAACGUGCUAAUUAUCAUCGUCAGCGUCUGCAUCAUCCUGCCCCUGGCGCUCAUGAAACAUCUCGGCUAUCUGGGGUACACCAGCGGGCUCUCGCUCACCUGCAUGGUCUUCUUCCUCAUCUCGGUGAUCUACAAGAAGUUCCAGAUCUCCUGCCCGCUGAACGGGACCGAGCCCGUGACCCCCCUCAUCUACUACAACGGGCAGAACGCCAGCGCCGCCGGCACCGCUGGGGACGAGUGCACGGCCGAGACCUUCACCGUCAACUCCCAGACCGCGUACACCAUCCCCAUCUUGGCUUUCGCAUUCGUCUGUCACCCGGAGGUGCUGCCCAUCUACACAGAGCUGCGCAGGGCCUCGAAGCGGCGCAUGCAGAGCGUGGCGAACGUCUCCAUCCUGGCCAUGUUCUUCAUGUACCUGCUGACGGCCGUCUUCGGCUACCUCACCUUCUUCGGGAACGUCGAACCGGAAAUGCUGCACACGUACAGCAAGGUGGAUCCCCUGGACCGGCUCAUCCUCUGCGUCCGCCUGGCCGUGCUGAUGGCCGUCACGCUGACGGUGCCCGUGGUGCUCUUCCCGAUCCGCAGAGCCAUCCAGCAGCUCCUCUUCCACGGGAAGGAUUUUAGCUGGGUUAGGCAUGUGAGCAUCGCUAUCUGCCUUCUGUUCGUGGUCAAUCUCCUGGUCAUCUUUGUCCCUAACAUCCGGGAUAUCUUUGGAAUCAUUGGAGCCACCUCCGCCCCCAGUCUCAUCUUUAUCCUCCCCAGCAUCUUCUACCUCCGCAUCGUUCCCAGAGAAAAAGAACCGCUGAGAUCCAGGCCAAAAAUCCAGGCCGCCUGUUUCGCUGCCCUCGGCUUCAUUUUCAUGGUGAUGAGUCUCGGCUUCAUCGUGGCUGACUGGGUGACGACUGGACAGAGCAGCGGCGGGGGGCACUGACCCACCCCCCCGCUGACCCCCGGCACAGACACAUGGACCCCACUGGGCCAGCUCGGGGGGCCCAGCCAUCGCUGGGGCAAGGGCACCGCCACCUCCCAUUGGCCCUCGCUCCGCUGCAGCCGUAGCAACGCUGAGACCAGCGCUAGGGCCCGCCCAUUGGCCGACUGUUACCAAGGCAACGCUACAGACCCUGGCAGCGACUGGUGUCCAUGGGAAUGGUGCCAAGGCCCUUCCAUCGACUGUUACCGUGGCAAUGCUACAGCUCCUGGUUUCCAUGGAAACAGUGCGAAGGCCCUUCCAUCGGCCACCUGUUACCGCGGCAAUGCUACAGCUCCUGGCAGCGACUGGUGUCCAUGGGAACGGUGCCAAGGUCCUUCCAUCAGUCGACUGUUACCAUGGCAAUGCUACAACUCCUGGUAGUGACUGGUUUACAUGGGAAUGGCACUAAGGCCCUCCUAUUUGCGCCCUGUAGUCAUGGCAGCCUCCCAUUUCCAUGGGACGAAGGUCCUGAUUGGGCCAUCGGUGCCAUGGCAACGGCAGGUUCCCCACGACUACUGAAUCCCCUGACUACAACUGGGUUCUCCUUAGCUCCCUGUUGCCGUGGCAACAAGGCAGGUUCCCAGGGGAACACCACCAGGCCUUUGUUGCUGUGACAACGUUUUGGCCACUGCUGGAGUGGGUGGGUGGGGGGUCCCCUAGCAACAGUUCCCUCCAGACAAUGCCUCCCACCUCUU